AUGAAGACCGAGAGCUGCGACUUUAAGGGCUGCCACCGCCCCAUCGACGCGGCCAGUGGCGCCAAGCGCACCUGCGCCGUGCACAAGUACCGCCGCCACUGCGCGAUCCCGCUCUGCACCAACCAAGUGUACGCUCGGAAGCUCUGCGCCCGCCAUGGUGGCAAGCGCACGUGCAAGGUCGAUCGGUGCUGUGCGCCGACGACCGGCCGCGGCGGCUUUUGCUCGGUUCAUGGCCCAGCCCGGCAUCGAUCGAAGCAUACACUUCGGUCGUCCUCGGCCGUGAGCGCCGAUAGCACGAGCGACGAGAGCGACGACGCGCGCUGGUCCCCUUUAGCGUUCCGAGCAGACCCGGACCCAUCGCUGGUCGAGGUCUCGGCCGACAUUCUCAGCCUGAUCCUCGAGCUCGACAGUACGCCAGCGCGGUGA